CACUGCUGUCAAAGUUCGAGAAGAGAAGCACACCUACUCUACUGAAGACAUGUAUUCCUACAACAGGAUCCGGAUUGUUGCAACAAUCCCCGGUUUGGUGUAGCUGUUUUCUCCCCAUUUCUCUGCUGAUCUUCUUGCCAUGACCUCAGAAGAAAAAGCCAAUCAUUUUGAAUCAUCUGAUGAUGACUUGGAUGAAGAUGAAGCAACCCAAUAUAUAAUCGAGCAAAAUUUAUUAGAAUAUCGAAAGCUGAAAGGAUUGAAUCCAAGUGAACUGAAAGUAAGUCAAGACCCUGAUGAGAUUUUCAAAGCAAUCAAGAAGGGUGAUGAGGAUGCAAUUCAGCAACUAACAGCCCACCCAGAGAUUCUAUCUCGAGUUAAUGAACAUGGAUGGAUUCCUCUGCAUGAAGCUGCAGUGCAGGAGAGUAAACACAUACUUGAUAUAAUCUUUUCAGCAUCUCCUUCAGGGACAGCCCAGUGCCGCACACUUAAGGGAGAGACACCAUUGUUUUUAGCUGUAGUUUACGGCCGCAGACAGAAUGCCACAUUUUUGUUACAGAAUGGAUGUAAUCCUAAUCUCCAGGACGAUGAGCAGGAUUCUCCUUUAGUGGCAGCUAUUCUUAAUGACCAAUAUGACCUGGCAACACUACUGCUUCGCUACAAUGCUCAAGUGGAUCAGAUAGGGCCUCUUAACAGGACGGCACUACACGAGGCUGCCUUUCUAGGCCUGGAGAAUUUUGUCUAUCUGCUUCUUGAGUCUGGUGCCAACCCAAAUGCAUGUGACACUAAAAGGAAAACUCCACUGGCUCUGGCUGCACAAAAUGGACAUCUUAGUGUGAUUGAGUUAUUGUUGCAGAAAGGUGCAAACGUGGAGUGUGAAUCAGAGUACGGCACGGUCUUGUUUGACGCAGCAGCAUCAGGAAACCCCGACAUAAUCUCCUUGUUGCUGGAUCAUGGAGCAGAAGUUAACGUGCCUUUGCACAGUGGCCACCUGCCUAUUCACCGUGUGGCAUAUCAUGGACACAUACUGGCACUGCAGCACCUUAUCCCAGUGACCAAACCUUGCGCUAUAAAGGAGAGUGGCAUGAGUCCGCUUCACUCUGCAGCCGCUGGAGGGCACUCUCAUUGUGUGGAAUUGCUACUCAAAGCUGGCUUUGACCCAAACUUAAUGCUGCAUCCGAGAGUACGACGCAACUACGAUGAUGAACGCAAGUCUGCACUUUUCUUCACCGUGUCCAACGAUGAUCUUCAAUCCACCCGUUUGCUAUUGGAGGCCGGGGCAAUGGUGAACCAGGACCCUAUCAGUUGUUUGCAGGUGGCUCUUAGACACGGCCAUUAUGAGCUCAUCAAUACCUUGCUGAGAUUUGGGGCAAAUGUGAAUUACUACUCCAGAGUCAACACCACCCAUUUUCCUUCGGCACUGCAGUAUGCAAUAAACGAUGAGGUCAUGUUGAGAAUGAUUCUGAAUUAUGGCUACGAUGUGAAGCGUUGCUUUGACUGUCCCUAUGGUGACAGUUGCCACAACUUUGCUCCCUGGACAACACCGGUCAUCAAAGAUAUGGUGUUCUGUGAGGUGAUAACUGUGUCAUGGCUUAGGCACUUAUCUGCUCAGGUGGUGCGGAUCAUGCUUGACUACACCGAUCACGUCUCCCUUUGUGCCAAGCUCAGAGAGGCUUUACAGAAUCAGACGCAAUGGCUGGAGAUUUGCAACAUUCAAAGAAAUGCACGAAACCUAAAGCACCUGUGCCGGCUGCAGCUUCGGGAGCAUCUUCAUUGCCUAGGCUUGAGAGCUUCAAUUUUUAUCAACUUCCUCCCGCUACCAACUCCCCUGAAAGAUUACCUACUUUACAAGGAGUUUGAUGUGUACAACAGGGGCAGCGUAGCUAUUUGAUAACAUACUAUACACGGUAUCAAAUCAUUUUGUAUUUCAGUUACAUUAUACUAUUGUAUUAAAAAAAACAUGGUCACAUACUCAAAACCUUACAUAUCAUUGUGGCCCCUCCAUUAAAAAGGGAUCCAUCCACUCCUUUGCUUUGUUGACCGUGUUCUGGACAGAUUUCAGAGGAAUUAUGACAACGUGGGCUUCACGGUGGCAGAGGGGUUAGUGUGUCUGCCUCACAAUACGAAGUUCCUGCAGUCCUGGAUUCAAAUCCAUGCUCGGGAUCUUUCUGUGUGGAGUGUGCAUGUUCUCCCCGUGACUGCGUGGGUUCCCUCCGGGUACUCCGGCUUCCUCCCACUUCCAAAGACAUGCACCUGGGGAUACACUCUUGCCCAAGUGUGUAGUUACGCGUUGCUCUGUGAAUGGGCAUUGAUUGAUCGGGCCAACUGCGUGCAAAGACAUUAUUCUUGGACAUAAUUUUUUUUAUGAGUGGAUUGUGUAUUUAUAACCAAAAUAAGUUUGAACAAAACUACAAAUCUACAAUCGCUGUGUUUUUUUUUAAAUUAAUGUAAGAAAUCAGUUACGUACCACAUUGCGCAAGAUUCAUUGCACCAGUCCAUGGUUUCUUGUUGUAUCCGACUGGGUUGAGUUUGUGGGAUCUGAGUCGAGGAUGUCUUUGUGGCUUGUGCAGCCAUUUGGGACACUUGUGAUUAAGGCCUAUAUAAAUAAACUUUGAUUGAUUGUUUAAUUAUACAGGUAGGCUUUUAGUAGUUAAGCCAUUCAUAUUGUUUUUUCUGUAAAGUUCAGCUGGGGCAUAUCCCAGCUGACUUUGGGCAUGAAGAGGUGUACACUGGACCGCAUGGUCACAAAUCAAUAGCAAGGCAUAUCUGAUCUGCAGAGUUCAGGCACAAAAACGAUAAAGGCCAAAUUCCAGUUUUGUAAUAAGUGUGCAUUUUCAAAUUGAGACUAUUAUUUUGAUUAAUAGAAACAAAUCAAUUGCAACCCCGAAUCAGCGGGAUGGCUGUUUUAUGAAAAGUUUCACAAAAAAACAUUGAUUUACUAAAAACAAGAAAAAUGGAGGUGUCUGUUUUUGUGUCUGAACUUAAGGAGUCAAACUGAUGUAAAUGAAAAUGCAACCAACAAAUAUAUUUUUUGAGUUGCGGGUUGGUUUUUCAAACCUUUUUAGAGAAGAAAAAAUAAACAUAUUUGCUUCAUUUCAUAA